AUGCCCCCAAAAGACAAAUAUACAGACCCCAAGCUCCGCGAUAAGGUCAAGACGGAAAUCCACAACAGCGACAAGGGCGGACAACCAGGACAAUGGUCUGCACGAAAGGCCCAAAUGAUGGCCGCUGAAUAUAAAAAGCGCGGCGGAGGCUACAACACCAAUAAAGAAGGCAAAGACGAAUCACAGAAACAUCUGGAUAAAUGGACCAAAGAGGAAUGGCAGACGAAGGAAGGAUCUGGGACUGCGCGGCAAGAUGAUGAUUCCCGGAAGAGAUAUUUGCCUAAGAAAGCUUGGGAGGGGAUGAAUGAAGAGGAGAAGGAAGAGACUGAGGAUAAGAAGGUUGAAGGGUCGAAGGAGGGAAAGCAGUUUGUUGGAAAUACUGGUACGGCGAAGGAGGCGAGGAAGAGGGUUACUUUUGAUAUUGAUGGAAAUUUGAAUGGGAAGGAAGAAGCAGAUGGAAAGAGAGAAGCAGAUGGAAAGGGUGAAGCAGAUGGGAAAUCGAAAAAUACCAAAGGAGAGGGAUCUGGGAAGAAAGCUGGCACUAAACGUAAAGCCAAGUCACAGCCAGCUGAAAAAGAUAACGACAGGAUUAAGAGUUUGAGAAAGCGAAAGUAA